UGACGUGUCUCGGUGACGUGUGCGGGCGCUGGAAGGAGCUGCGAUCGGUGACGUGUCUUAAGCGAGCUCUUCACUCAGCGCCGUCUGUCGAGGACAGAGACCAGCUCGGACCGGGAGACGAGAAGCCGGCUCAUUUCACUGACUGGGACCAAGAAGACACUGGGUGUUGGACAGGAACCAAUAUGGGGAUAAAAUUUUUGGAAGUAAUUAAGCCCUUCUGUGCUGUUUUGCCGGAAAUCCAAAAACCGGAAAGGAAGAUUCAAUUCAGGGAAAAGGUGCUAUGGACAGCCAUCACCCUUUUCAUCUUCUUGGUGUGCUGCCAGAUUCCUCUCUUUGGAAUCAUGUCCUCGGACUCGGCAGAUCCGUUCUAUUGGAUGAGAGUCAUCCUCGCUUCAAACAGAGGGACCCUGAUGGAGCUGGGUAUCUCCCCCAUUGUCACCUCUGGUCUCAUCAUGCAGCUCCUCGCCGGUGCUAAAAUCAUUGAAGUCGGCGACACUCCCAAAGACCGAGCGCUUUUCAACGGGGCUCAGAAACUGUUUGGAAUGAUCAUCACGAUCGGCCAGGCCAUUGUGUAUGUGAUGACUGGGAUGUACGGAGACCCCUCUGAAAUGGGAGCUGGAAUCUGCUUGCUUAUCAUCAUUCAGCUGUUUGUUGCCGGUCUGAUUGUCCUGCUGCUGGAUGAGCUGCUGCAGAAGGGAUACGGCCUGGGCUCUGGGAUCUCUCUCUUCAUUGCCACUAACAUCUGCGAGACCAUUGUGUGGAAAGCCUUCAGCCCCACGACUGUGAACACUGGCCGAGGUACUGAGUUUGAAGGAGCCAUCAUCGCACUCUUCCACCUGCUGGCCACCCGCACUGACAAGGUGCGCGCGCUGCGGGAGGCGUUCUACCGGCAGAACCUGCCCAACCUGCUGAACCUGAUCGCCACCGUGUUCGUCUUCGCUGUGGUCAUAUACUUCCAGGGCUUCAGAGUGGACCUGCCCAUCAAGUCUGCCCGCUAUCGUGGUCAGUACAACACCUACCCCAUCAAGCUGUUCUACACCUCCAACAUCCCCAUCAUCCUGCAGUCCGCCCUCGUCUCCAAUCUCUACGUCAUCUCGCAGAUGCUCUCCACGCGCUUCAGCGGGAACUUCCUGGUGAACCUGCUGGGGACCUGGUCGGACACCUCGACGGGCGGGCCGGCGCGUGCCUACCCUGUUGCCGGGCUGUGUUAUUACCUCUCUCCCCCGGAGUCCUUCGGCUCGGUGCUGGAAGACCCGGUUCACACGCUCGUCUACAUCGUGUUCAUGCUGGGCUCCUGCGCUUUCUUCUCUAAGACUUGGAUUGAAGUCUCCGGCUCUUCUGCUAAGGAUGUUGCCAAGCAGCUAAAAGAACAGCAGAUGGUGAUGAGAGGCCAUCGAGAAACAUCCAUGGUCCAUGAAUUAAACAGGUACAUCCCCACAGCAGCUGCGUUUGGGGGGCUGUGUAUCGGCGGGCUGUCAGUCAUGGCUGAUUUCCUGGGUGCGAUCGGAUCAGGGACAGGAAUCCUGCUGGCCGUCACCAUCAUCUACCAGUAUUUUGAAAUCUUCGUAAAGGAGCAGAGUGAAGUCGGAAGCAUGGGCGCCCUCCUUUUCUAACCACAGCAAAACUACACAUUGUUCCAGUACACUUUGCUUUCUUUUCUUUAUCCUAAUUUUUUUUUUUUUUCAGUUUUAAUAAAUAUUUUCUUACAUUAUCAAAACAGGGAGAAUGUUUUAUUUAUUUUUUUAGAGUGGCUGUUAGGAUUAGUAUUGCUAAUGAAAACCCUGCAUCCCAAGCCCUUGAUGGGGGCAGGGGCAGGGGAAGCUGCGUUUCAGUCCAGUUUUCCAUGUCUCUGGCAGUGUCUAGAAACAAGGCUCUUGGCUGCCGCUCUGACAGUCUGAGCAGUUGUAGUACUGAUAGUUACUCCAUGAACGUUUUUCCCCUCUUUGAGAGAUGUUGGUACUGCGUGCCAUAUUGGCUUCUCUCCACUUUGAACUUUUUGUAAUUUUUUUUUUUUUUUUUAUCUCCCUGAUUCUGGUUAAAAGCACAAGUCUCGACUCCUACAGUAUCCCGUGUCGUUUCUCCCUUGCUCCCCGCUGACGUGACUGUUCGAGCGCGCAGGCAUGGGGUUAAAUGUUCACACGCUGGAUCUUUAUGGACGCCACGAAAUGGGGACUUCUGUGGGCCUUGGAAAGGUUUUCUGUUAUUAAACAGACAUUUGAAAAGCAUGCUGGCAUAGUAUUGGAUUGGAACGGCAACAUGUGUUGAUCCUCCUCUCUGUUUAAUCACCAGUGUGCUGAAUGCAAUUCAUGUGUUGAUCCUCCUCUCUGUUUGAUCACCAGUGUGCCGGUGUGCUGAAUGCAGUUCAUCUGCAGCGAUCAACCAUUUCACAGAUUAGAUCAGAGUCCAACGUUUAACCACAAUGCAUGAGCUGCUCCAUUGUACAUAAUCUAUGUUAAAACAUACAGACACCAAUUCACACUAAUAUUAGACUACCUAAUGUUACCUCAGCUAGUUCGAGAUUAGUGGUAAUCAGAGUCUGUAGGCUGAGUGGAGGGGUUUAAACACGGGCUGACUUGAGAAGGGGCUGUUAGCCUUUAUCAGAGAUGACAUUCGCAGGGUCUGUGCAUUGAGGUAGGGGAGUGGAGGGGUUUAAACACAGGCUGACUUGAGAAGGGGCUGUUAGCCUUUAUCAGAGAUGGCAUUCGCAGGGUCUGUGCAUUGAGGUAGGGGAGGUGAGGGGUUUAAACACGGGCUGACUUGAGAAGGGACUGUUAGCCUUUAUCAGAGAUGACAUUCGCAGGGUCUGUGCAUUGAGGUAGGGGAGGUGAGGGGUUAAAACACAGGCUGACUUGAGAAGGGGCUGUUAGCCUUUAUCAGAGAUGACAUUCGCAGGGUCUGUGCAUUGAGGUAGGGGAGGUGAGGGGUUUAAACACGGGCUGACUUGAGAAGGGGCUGUUAGCCUUUAUCAGAGAUGGCAUUCGCAGGGUCUGUGCAUUGAGGUAGGGGAGGUGAGGGGUUUAAACCCAGUUCCAGCAUUGUUGCAUUUUGUUUUUUUACACUUGGAAGUCGUUUCAUUAUUGGAUGCCACGUGUUACUCAAGGAUAAUUCGCACUCACACAAUCGUAUGUACACCCUGGACCUUUGCUUUCAGUGUUCACUAUCAAAGCAGAAAGGCAGUUUGUGGGGGGGGGUGUUUUAUCUGAUUUUUAUUUUUAGUGAGAUUUAAUGCAAUUUAUAAUUGUCUGUUUGUACCUAAUCAACACUGCUGCUUACCACAAUAGCAAUAACAGGAGCGCGUAGGCACACUGAAAACAUCUUUUAUUUGGGGUGGGGGGUGGCUGAUUCUGGGGGCCACGGUUUUAUUUGUGUAUUAUUUUCAUUGCUGCACAGCUCAUGGGUUUCUGUACAGCUGUAUAUAUGCCACUCCAUGCAUUCCUGCUCAUUGUGAAAGAAGGACUUUAUACAUUUCAAACUGCAGCGAUCUGAACAAAACAAACAAACAAAAACUGUGCAUUCUGUUCAGAUAACGAAUAUUCACAAUAAAACUACUUUAAAAGAACAAACUAA